GCCAGCAGCGUGGGCUACAAGGACACACCGCCUAGCAGUGAUCCUGUCGAUGUGGAUAUGCUGUCAGACGAGGAGGAGGAGGCGACAAGGAAGGACCUAUCUGCUGCCCGUAACGCAGGAAAGCGCAAAAUCGUCCUGGAGUCAGAUUCGGACGACGAAGUCCAACCAUCCAACUCGAAAAACAAGAAAGCUCCAGGUGCCGUCCAUUUCCUCUUACCCUCUCAUGCCUUAUCACCAACCAAAUCAAUCCUUUUAUUCUUAGCCCGAUCCGAGGAAAAUGAGCUCUCCGAGUCUGCAAAGGCUUCCUUCUCCUCCAGCUUGAGCAAGUUCACGAAGUCACCCGUCAAAUCUACGCGUCGUCUGUCCCGCUCUCGGGCGUCCGAUGACGAUGACUUCGUUGUCCCCGACGACGAGUCGGACUCGCCCCCUCCCUCGGUCAAGUCCGGGAAAUCUUCCCGAUCCAGUCGUUCUGCGACGUUGUCGUCAGACGCAGACGACUUUCUCGACGACGACGAAGAUGAAGAUGAGGCGCCGAAGAAGAGCAAGGGCAAGAAGAAGGCACCCGCCGUGGAACGGCCCAAGUUGGCCAAAGAGGCGAGCAGCCAGGGUGGAAGCAGCUCUUUCCUCACGGCUGCCGAGCGGCGCCUGAAAGAAGCGAAGGAGGAGAAAAAGACUAAGGAGGAUCCAUAUGCGUUCCUCCUCGAUCCGAAAGACAGGGACGGCGUGCGGCCGGGCGAACCCGGGUAUGAUCCGCGCACGUUGCAUAUACCGGCGAAGGCGUGGAAGGAGUUCACACCAUUCGAAAAACAGUUUUGGGAGAUCAAACAGAAUCAUUUCGACACGGUGUUGUUCUUCCAGAAAGGGAAAUUCCUGGAGUUGUACGAGGAUGAUGCUCGGAUUGGACAUCGCGAAUUCGACCUCAAGCUUACCAACAGAGUAAAGAUGUGCAUGGUUGGGGUACCUGAGUCUUCAUUCAAUUUCUGGGCUGCGAAGUUCCUUGCCAAAGGAUAUAAGGUCGGUCGUGUGGAUCAAUCAGAGACUGCCCUCGGCGCAGAGAUGCGUCUGGCAGCCGACAAGGCGAAGGGCGGGCCCAAGGGUAAAGCGGACAAGAUCGUUCAGCGAGAACUGAAUAAGGUGUAUACAAACGGCACCCUUGUGGACGCAGAACUGCUUAUCGACGAAGAAGCUGGCCACUGCGUAUCCAUCCGCGAACACGCUCCUGACCCUGAGAACCCGGCCGACGCGAAGAAAGAAAGUACUUUCGGCGUUGCAGUCUUGGACAGCUCUACGAGCGAGUUCAAUCUGAGCGCAUUUGAAGAUGAUGUGUGUAGGACCAAGCUCGAAACGUUGCUGCGACAACUACGACCAAAGGAGAUCAUCUUCACAAAGGGCAAUCUUUCGGUUUCGACGAACCGCCUCCUGAAGGCUACUCUUCCGGAAGGAUGCCUCUGGACGAGCCUUCGCGAUGUCGAAGGCUUCGACUACGAUCAAACACUGAAAGAGCUGGCAGAGCUAUACCCCGCCACCGGGAAUGCUAUGAGAGACGAAGAUGAUCCUGUUGGUGGCGAUGUCCCGGAGGCGAUACGCGACAUGUAUGCGUCCAAGCCGGCAAUCGAGGCAUUAGGGUCCCUGAUCUGGUAUCUGCGCCAACUUAACAUCGACAAGGAUAUACUGAGCAUGAAGAACUUCAACAUUUACGAUCCGAUGAAGCGAGGCCAGGGACUUGUAUUAGACGGGCAAACGUUGGCGCAUAUAGAGGUGCUUCGGAACAGCGACGGCACUGAGGACGGCUCGUUGUUAAAACUGCUCGGCCGAUGCAUCACACCUUUUGGUAAACGUCUCUUCCGUAUUUGGCUCUGUAUGCCCCUCAAGAGGGUAGAAGAUAUCAACGCCAGACUCGACGCCGUUCAGGACCUCUUAGACAAUCCGUCCUUUGAGCAGAUGUUCACGGAACUCGCCAAAGGUCUUCCUGAUCUGGAACGUAUCGUCUCUCGCAUUCAUGCCAAUAACUGUACUGUCAAGGAUUUCCUGAAGGUUCUCCAGGCCUUCAAAAAACUCAGCAACGGCCUCUCCUCCCUCGCAGAUGUGGCAGCUGAAUUUGACUCGAAGAUGAUCACCGGCUUACUGCGUUCGGCACCCGAUCUCACGCCUAACCUCAAGAAUGUGCAAUCUAUGUUCAAGAAGCCAGCCGAAGGUAGCGGAGAACUGGAACCUAUGGACGGGAAAGACGAGGAAUACGAUAAUGUAAUGUCCGAAAUUGCUCGUUUGGAGAAGGCUCUGGAGAAGAAGCUCAAACAACUUGAGGACGAAGUCGGAACCGACUUGACGUACUGGCAUAGCGCCUUGGGAACCAAAGACAUAUACUUGGUCCAAACCAAGGCAAGCUUCAAGAACAUCCCGAAGCAGUGGACCAAGCAUGGAGCCACCAAGGCUGCUGCGCGUUGGACUGUCCCUGCGCUGGCGGGCACCAUCCGCGCCUUGAAAGAAGCCCGUGAGAACCGCAACACUGCGAUCAAGCAGUUCAAGAACCGGCUGUUCGCCGAGUUCGAUGCCGACAGAGGCGUAUGGCUUCGUGCGAUCCGCGUUCUUGCCGAGUUGGACUGCCUGUUCAGCCUCGCGAAGAGCUCGACAGCCCUGGGCGAGCCCAUCUGUCGACCGGAGCUGGUUGAAGGCGACGCCGCCUUCGUCGACUUUGAGGAGUUGAGGCAUCCUGCGCUGCUCGCCAGUUCGAGCUUGAAGGGCGACUUCAUUCCCAAUGAUGUCCGUCUGGGUGGUGACGUUGGCAGGAUUGUCCUUCUAACCGCGUCUAACAGUGGAAAAUCAACCGCAAUGCGUAUGACUGCAGCCGGGGUCAUUAUGGCGCAGCUCGGUAUGAUGGUGCCAGCACGGAGUGCCAAGCUUUGUCCUGUAGACGCAAUUUUGACCCGAAUGGGGGCUUACGACAACAUGUUCUCGAACGCCAGUACAUUCAAGGUUGAACUGGACGAAAGUUGCAAGAUCCUGCGAGAGGCUACCCCCAAGUCGCUCGUGAUUCUGGAUGAACUGGGCCGCGGAACGUCUACAUACGAUGGCAUGGCUAUCGCCGGUGCCGUCCUGCACGAGUUGGCGACACAUACGCUCGCUUUGUCCUUCUUCGCCACGCAUUAUGGAUCAUUGACCGACGACUUCGCCUAUCAUCCGAACAUCCGAAAUAUGCACAUGGCCACCAUGGUCGACGAUGAACAACAAGAGCUCGUGUUCCUCUACAAGCUCGUGGACGGCAUCGCCUCCUCCUCCUUCGGCACGCACGUCGCUAAACUCGCCGGCGUCCCCUCCGACGUCGUGCAGCGUGCGGCCGUCGUCUCCGAAGACUUCGCGCGCCAAUUCAAGGAGAAGCUCGCGAACAACGUGCGUAAGAAACGGAACGGAUCCUCGCGCGUGCCGUUGAACGUGCAAAGCGAUUUCGCGUAUCUGGUGAAGCUGGCGAUGGGCGUAACGAAGCUGCCGGAGGACCCGGUGAGGAAAAGGGAGACGUUGGUGGUGAUGAAGAAGGCUGUGGCGAGCUGUCUGCUCGCGUCUGGCGCGUCCGUGGCGUCGUCCUGAUCCACUCCUGCUGUGUACUAAUAUGCUGUUCGUGGUUGGCUGCUAUCGUGCGCUGUAUGUUAUGCUUUUCGCCUGUAAUAUACUCAUACCUGCUGUCGAUAAUGAUUCCAUCGUUUGCUCAGAGCUUUAUGCC